AUAGUUGCCCAUACAUGUCCAAUAUAAAAAGUGCACUAGAAAACUCACACAUACGCGCAUCAACAGGGUAUGUAAUUGUCAUUCAGAUUCUUUGAGAGACAUGAUAUUGUCAGGAUCAUGGCAAGAGAGUAAGAAGAUGUUACAUUUGUGUAACGUGUAAGUUAUCAUAUGAGAGAAAUACAAAAUGGAGGACGACAUAGAAAUUGUGAACAAGCUUGGGCAGUAUCCUUCGAGCUUCGACCUUUAUGAAGAUGUUCAGUCAAUGUCCAAAGAUUGUCUUAAGAAGCAUUUGGAAAGGUUAAUUAAAGAGGUUGCAUCCAAUCCAUACGACAAUACCAUGGAAAAGCUUCGAGCUUGGAAUUUCAUCUCGUUUCUAAGUUUCAUUUUAGGAAAUGAAAAAGAUGCGUUUGAGUAUAACUCAAAAGUGCUAGAGCGAAGCAAAGAAAAUAUCAUGGGUUUAUGUAAUAAGGCGAGGUUUUUGUUAAAGAUGCAAGAGAAAUACCAUGUUGUCAAUGACUUGUGUAAACAGCUUGAUGAAAGUAUAAAACAUAAGGGUAAUAUGUUGUUUGCAAAGGCAGAAAAGGCAUUUCAUUAUUUAUGUUUUGGCACAGAACGAAAUAAAAAAUCUCGUCACUUAUUUGAGGAAGUUCUUGGUGAAAUUCAUAAGCAGAAUAUAGACGUUUCUGGUGACACAGAUGAUUCUGAAAAUACAUUAAUGCAAACGGACAAUUACUGUGUCUUGAACUUUAGUUACGCCCUUACAUACAAACGAGCGUUAAACUUUACCAAAACUCAUGACGUAUCUUCAUUUGAUGUGACCACACAGCUAGAUAUAAUAAAGAAGGUUUGUAAUAUUUAUAGUCGUAUCAUCCAUAUUGAAGGAGGCAGUACAUGUCUUAAACUUUACAAGGGAAGAUCAUGCGUUGAAUUAGGGUCAAUUGACUACUAUAUCGGGAAAAAUAAGUCUGGAUUUCAAAAUGUAAAUGGCAUAAAAGAUUUCUUACCGGGUCGAGAAGAUCUGUGGUUGAGUACCAACGAAUUUUAUGAAAAAGCAGAAUGUUUUUGUCCAAAUGACGUGUUUGUUUUAGAAAGAUGUGGUUCAUAUUUUCGAUACGUAAACGAUAUCGACAAAUCAAUCUCUCUUCUCGAAAAAGCUAUAACAAUACGAGAAACUUCUUAUUCCCAUCAUCAUCUUGCACUUUCCCUAAAACGACAAGUGGAAAGUCAUUUUCGACAACCUAUGUCGAAAAAAUAUUUUAUACCAACUACAAAACCAUCGAAUGAUCGUAAUAAGGCACAUUUCGGGAUCAAAUGUUCAUACAAACCAACGCUAAUUAACAAAGAAAAACACAUAGACACUAUUAAACAAAUUAUUUUUCAUUUAGACAAAUCGUUUGAAUUGUCAAGUAACUGUGGAGCUAUUUAUGACAAAGGCAUGCUUUACAGACAAAUUGGAGAACAUGACAAUGCUUUGGCCACAUUUAAGACUCUCAUUAGGAACAAGGAAGGACAUUGUUCGCUUGUACAAUUAUCAAAUGCUUAUGAACAAGCAGGCCUUUGUCUUAAUGACAUGUUGUCGCAGUCAGAAGAAAAAGGUGAGGAGGUUGGUGACAUGAAAACUUAUUUCAAGAAGUCAAUAGAAUUAUCCUGUUCGAUUGUUUCGAAAAUUCCGUUUCUUGGAGAUUGUUGGGUGUCAGUUCCUACGUUUAAAGAGUUUCUAUCCGGACAAGCAAAAACCACUGAACAUCUUAAAGACUUAUUCUUCCUGUCAAAGAAGUUUGAAAAUUAUGGCGAAUCGAUAAAAAUUCUUAAAGACCUAAAAGAACUGACUGCAGAUGAAAAUGAAAGGACUAAAUUAGAUAUACAGCUUGUUGAAAACUACCUCAGUAAUGGAAAUUAUGACGACGCUGUACUUGCCCUAGAUACGAUUGUUUGUCUACCAAAUGGGUAUGGACUUAUCGAUGAAAAAAUGUAUUUGCGGGCUCACAUUGAAGGGGGGAUCGUUGCCUUGAAACAAGAAUCAUUUGAAAUGGCACGCCUUCGAUUGAGAAAUGCCCUUGACUUCUAUAGACAUACUCAACAUGUUCAUAACAUUGAAGGCCAUGAAAACGAUUCUAAUACAGAAGAUGAAACAUUCGAUGUAUUCAUUCUUUGCAACGAGAACUUGGAGGAGAAAUGCAUGAGCUUAGUGCAUAUUUUAACCGCUUUUGAGCUCAGAGUAACGAUUAACUUUCAGGAAUUGUUACCAGGAACUUCAAAAAUGUCCGGAAUAUGUCGACAAUUUCGACAUUCGAAGCACUUUCUGCUGGUUAUCGAUGAAAAACAAUUAAAAAGAAUAGAUGAACAUUACUUUGAAAUGAUGCAAGAAGUCGUUUUGAAUAGAAAUUAUGGUCAUAUAUUGAUUAUUAAGACCUGUAAAGAUGCAAAGGUACCUUCCCACCUUUCAAAAUACCCCAGUAUGGAAAUGAAUGUUGGGGCUGAUGAGGUUCCUGAAAACUGUUUCGAAAACGAGGGUCUAUGUCAAACGAUUAAAGCACUUCUGAUCAAGCUGGCCAGCAGCAAGCAAGCAGCAUAAGUCUAAAGAUUAUCAUAAUUUGAAACAAAGGUUUAAAUGACAUUUUCAUUGAUGAGGCAAAUUAAAUUCACAAAGUUUUAAAUUAUGUAAUGUUUUGUGUGUCAAUUCUUCCCACGCAGAAGCACGCACACAGCAUAAGUCAAAAGAUAUCCUAAUAUGAAACAAAGGGUAAAAUGAACGUUGAUAUGUGUGGAAAAUGAAUUUCACAGAGUUUUAAAUUGUUCAAUGUAUUUUGUGCCACAUCUUCCAAAGAAUGUUAAAAAGGACGUAAGGCUCUGUUUUAAAUUGUCAGAACUUUCCUUAAUGGGACAGUAGUACUUUGAUUCUUUUUAAUAAAAUAUUUAGAUUUAUUGUGUAUUUAUUGUAGAAAUUCAGAAUGUGAAAAAAAAAGACAAAGACUA